AUGCAGCUUGAAAACCUGAGAAGCCUAGAAAGAAUUGUCUACUUCUUUGACUGCCAGAAGAAUGUUCUAGGCAAAGUAUACGCUGCAUCGGGUUUCAACAACAUCAACAACAACAACAACAAGAUAGACGGGAACCGCAGACUCUACUGGGCACUGAUUAAGGUCAACAAAUCUCGAAUCGGCACGAACAAGCUGCCUGAUGAAGAGGCUUGGCUCAAAAAGGCUGGGUUGGAAGAUCCCAUCUUGACAUAUGGCGCCCAACACCAGUCGCAGGCCAAGAUUCCAGAAGCAUAUUCAUGA